AUGCUUGUUUUUGUUUUAGUAAAUCACGCUAAUUUAUUUCAAGGUCAGUUUGCAUUUGAAUUGGAAUUCCUUGUAGUCCAUUGUUGGCUGGCAUGUAUCAUUCAGAUUUACAAAUAUAUGAUGAAUUCAGUUAAAGUCAGUUCCCAAUCAUAUGCAUUAAAAUGGGAAGAUUUCUCCUCUCUUGAAAACUCCUAUUCUAAUAAACACUGUUUACACUCAUGUAAUAGUUCAUCACCUAGUCUACGACAAACUCAAUUAAAUUUCUCACCAAAUCACCAAACGAAACUGUCUAAACAAUUUGAAAAUGUUACAGAUGGUAUCGAAUUUGAUAACAGUAAUUGGAGUACUAAUCAAAACGCUUCGUUGAAAUCAAAUGAACAUAAUUCAUGUCCUCAAACUUUCAUUAAACUUGAACCACCGUCAAUUUCAACUACUGAGUCUUUGAACAAAUCUCCAAAAUCCAUCAUUACUAGCCCUACGCGAAUAAUGAAACAGGCUAUCAUAACUGAAACAGGGAUUUCACCGGCGGAAAGUGUAUUCAAAAAACCGAUCAGAAAGAAGAAAGCUGGCACUAACAAAAAAUCACAAGUGAAACGUUCUCGUAGCGUAGAUUCACCUCAGAUCAGUACUAUCACUAAUAAUGAUAUAAAUCAAAAUGAUUCUGUCAAUUUAUCAACUUCUAAUUCUUGUCAGACAAGAACAAGAACAACAACACGCGUUUGUAAAUCAACAACAGUCAGUCCAAAAAAGAAUAUACACGUAGCAAGUGAUCUAUAUGCUGCUACACAGAAUAAACAAAACAAAUGUAAAACACAAUUACAAACACAACUUACAUCUUAUGGAAUUCGAAAAACUGCUCGACAAUAUGCUAAAGAAAUUGAGCGUGAACGUGAAAACAAUUUUUUAAAUGCUUUAAAAAACAAUAUUGAAAGUGGUAUGAAAAUUAUACAAACUGAAGAAAAAGGUCGUGGAAUUAUUGCUACACGAACAUUUUAUGAAGGUGAAUUUGUUGUAGAAUAUGCUGGAGAUUUAAUCUCAGAAAAAUUAGCUAAACAACGUGAAGCUGUAUAUAAACAAAAUCCAUCAAUUGGUUCUUAUAUGUUCUUUUUUGUACAUGGAGGUCAACGAUAUUGUGUAGAUGCAACAGAAGAGACAUCACGACUUGGUCGACUGAUUAAUCAUAGUAGAUUAAAACCGAAUUGUAUUGUUAAAGUAAUUCCAAUUGAUGGUAUUCCUCGACUUGCACUAUUUGCACGUAAAUCAAUUUCUCCUGGUGAAGAACUACUCUAUGAUUAUGGUGAUCGUGAUAAAGAAACUUUACAACUUCAUCCAUGGUUGAAAACAUAA